AUGUCCACCGAUUGGCCGAUCGUAGUGCAAGACGUUCCUGGCAAGGGCAAGGGCGUCAUAGCCACCCGUCCUAUCACUGCGGGUGAACUUGUCCUCCUCGAGGCGCCUCUUUUCACUCUUCCUUCCGAGUACGAUAACUCUGCCGUACUAGCAAAAUUGGUUGCUCUGACGGGGAACAACUUCUGGGAAGACACGUUGCACAAGAUCAGCUUCCGCGCGCUGAAGGACGUCGCGGAAGGCGAAGAACUGUGUAUCUGCUAUACCGAGCCUUCUUGCACGUGA